AUGGGUCUGAUGAUAAGAUCAGUAAAGCCGUUGUUCCUUCAUUUAAACAAUAAUAAUAAUAAUAAUAAUAAUAAUAAUAAUAAUAAUAAUAAUAAUAAUAAUAAUAAUAAUAAUAAUAAUAAUAAUAAUAAUAAUAAUAAUAAUAAUAAUAAUAAUAAUAAUAAUAAUAAUAAUAAUAAUAAUAAUAAUAAUAAUAAUAAUAAUAAUAAUAAUAAUAAUAAUAAUAAUAAUAAUAAUAAUAAUAAUAAUAAUAAUAAUAAUAAUAAUAAUAAUAAUAAUAAUAAUAAUAAUAAUAAUAAUAAUAAUAAUAAUAAUAAUAAUAAUAAUAAUAAUAAUAAUAAUAAUAAUAAUAAUAAUAAUAAUAAUGAUAAUAAUAAUAAUAAUAAUAAUAAUAAUAAUAAUAAUAAUAAUAAUAAU